AUGGCAAAGAGACAAGCGGUUGAGGCACUAGAUCGAACAAUGCAGGAUAUCAUAGGCAUAAGGCAGCCAUUUGGAGGAAAAAUUAUGGUUAUGGGCGGUGAUUUCAGACAGGUGUUUCCAGUAAUCAAGAAAGGGACCCGUGCGCAGAUUGUCGACUCGAGCCUUCGUAUGUCGCCACUUUGGUCCGUGACUAAAAAGAUUCGUUUAACUAUAAAUAUGAGAGCAAGGACAGAUCCAUGGUUUUCGGAUUUCCUUUUAAGAGUCGGUGACGGAGAAGAAGAUGUGAUUGACGGCAACUUUAUUCGCAUACCUGAUGAUAUGACCAUCCCAUACAAUGCCGAAUCAGGAUCGAAAGAGGAUUUAAUAAGUUCCAUAUUCCCCUCCAUGGAAGUGAAUGGGAAUUCUUCGGAGUACAUAAUUUUCAGGGCAAUACUGUCAACUAAAAAUGAAAAUGUCGAGGAGAUAAAUGAGGAGCUGAUUGAUAGAUUUAUUGGCCAGGAGCAAAUAUAUUACAGCUUUGAUGAGGCGGAAGACGACGUUAACAGCUACUAUCCGGUUGAAUUCUUAAAUUCUCUUAAUAUUGCUGGUUUGCCCCCUCAUCGUCUACGUCUCAAAGUUGGGUGCCCGAUUAUACUAUUACGUAACAUCGACCCAUCCAACGGACUCUGUAACGGCACACGGUUGAUAUGCAAAGGUUUUCAACGAAAUGUCAUCGAUGCGGAAAUAGCCGUUGGCCCGAACGCCGGGAAAAGAGUUUUUUUGCCGAGAAUACCCCUAUGUCCCUCAGACAAUGAUAUGUAUCCCUUUAAGUUGAAAAGAAAACAGUUUCCGGUACGACUUAGCUUUGCGAUGACAAUAAACAAAGCCCAAGGCCAAACGUUGCCACACGUUGGUGUCUAUCUACCUGAAUCGGUAUUCUCACACGGCCAGCUUUACGUGGCACUAUCUAGAGGGAUAUCACGUGAAAGGGUGAAGAUGUUGGUUAAACCUACCCAACUUUUCCCUCAACCCGGCGUAUACACCUCAAAUGUGGUGUAUAGAGAAGUUCUACAUGAUGCAUAG